CUCUCCGUUUCGGUGCUGCGUGCCAGACAGAGGAGACAGAGGGACAAUAUGGAUCCAAACACCACGAUUCUGCGAGUCAAGAGAAAACGGGGCACCGAUCCCGCCGACGCUUUGCUGCUGGCCUGCAAACGCAUUCGGCCGGAAGCGUCGCAGAGCUCGGGCGAGCCGGUCCCGGAGCCCAAUGAAGCCGAGGUGGAAAACUCUGUUUUCAAACUCGUGGCGACUGUGGCGACACAGGAUGCUCCGGUUCAGACGCAGGUUCGUCAGGCUUUGGCCCGACCCAGGAUGGCCCACGCACUGCGCCCCUCUGCUGCCAGCUCUCAGCGGAUAAUCGGGGACCUACGGAACACGAAGUGGAGCACCCGGCGAGAGGAGCGCUACAGAAUACUGUCUAGUCACCGCACUGGUUUACCAAAUCCAGCCGAGCAGCAAAACCUUCAGACAAACGCUCCUGAGGAUGCAGAGGAAAGUGGGAAAGCGGAGGACAAACAUUGGGGACUCUGUGAAGUCCAGGUGGUUGAUCUCGUACAUGAGAAUCUAGAUGAUCAGGACAAGUCUGGAAAGUCCGCUUUGGACCCAGAAGUGAUCCUGUGUAACAACAUGAAGAUGCUACGUGAGCGCCUGAGCAUAUCUGGAGAAAAACUGGGGGAAGAACACCGGGAGCAGGAUGACGACUACGUUUAUGAUCUCUACUAUCAAGAAACGGUCACACCAGGCUGGAUUCAAGACAUUCUGUCUGUCAGAGCCUACGCCGAUGAGGGAGAACUGGUGCCUGACCUUGUGGUUCACGAAGAAGAGGUGUAUGAAGAUGAGGAUGAUGAAAACGAGGAAGGCAACUGGAGGAAUGACUACCCUGAUGAAGAAAGUGAUGCGGACAGUGACCGGGAGGAGCGCUAUGGUGGCUACUGGGAGGAGGAACACUCGUACAGCCGGAGGAGCUGGGAGCGCUACCAGAAAGAUGUUCUCAAUGACCUGAACCAUGAGGAUGAUGAGGGGGAGGACUAUGAUUCUGACUGAUCUAUCUGUUACACACACAACCUGUUAGUGGCUCUUCCCAAACACCUUCUCCGCAAAUGGCACCGCACUCUGUCGACCUCUGUGUAGAGAAGAGAGGAGGAAAAGAGCAUAGCACUUAAUGCAUAACAAAAAACUCCCACUUUAAAGUGUAGCAAUUGACAUAACUGCACCAUCAGGUUCUAGGACUACAGUUAUGUGACAAGCAUCUGGUUCUGUGUAUGACCAGUAAUCUGGUUGUAUAUUUUUAAUGUUUACAAAGUUUAAAAAUGAAUCAUGUCCACCACCAGAGGGCAGCAUCCACCAGUAAAGGUGCAGUUAAUUCAUUCAUUCAUUCAUCCAUCCAUCCAUCCAUGCUCUCAGCUCCACAGACUGAAAGAGUAGGUGUUAUUUCCAGAAGGGUCCAGUGUCUUUUUGUGUGUGUGUGGUGGAGUGAAAUUUGUGUCUGGGUGUUUGUUCAAAGUGGAUGUGUGUGUUAGAAAUGUUGCACAUUAGCGUGAUUAUGCCUUGUAUGCUUCGUGCUGUUAACACUUCUGUUAGUGAGACGUCUCGGCUCGUGUGUUUGCAAUCUAGGGUGUUUGCAUUUGUGCAUGAAUAGUGUGCGCGUGUGUUCAUAGAACGGUGUGUUAGUUUUUUGCAUAUGUGGAAGCGUGGUCUUUUUUUUUUGGGGUAUAAGUUUGGCUCAGCUUGAAGUUCUGAUUCUGUUCUGAAUGUCUGUUUAAUGAAACUGUUUUUGUAAAUAUGUAGAUGUGUAUAAAAGGCAAUCUUUCAAAAUAAAGCAUCUUGGUCUGAAA